AUGCUGGGGAGGUUGAUUCAAGGGUAUGCCAGAGGCAGUCAGCUUGAAAGUGCGACGGAUGAGACCCAUACACGCACCCUUCUAUGGCCGGAAGUCCAUCAUGAUGGACGGUCAAGUUCAGCUUCACCGCCCACCACUCCGUUCGGCUCUCCUACAGUCCGCAUCUCGCCCUUCGAUGAUCGAGCUGGCCUGGAGUUGAGUGAGACAAGAGAUUUGAGACUCAUCGUGGCGCAGGAUGCUUUCGGCACAAAUGACCGUCCUCUGCUGCUGUUCGACACUCAACCUGUCGACGCCAGCGACUCGACCACCGCUCAGAGGACGGGUAAUCCGUCUCAGCCUGCUGGACAAGCGGCUCGUGGGGGUUCCGGCACUUCCAUGAUGGGGCAAUUUCGAAACAGGAGCUCAACGAUCUCGGGAGGGCCGGCAUCCUGGACACGCCCCAACAAAGACUCGGAAACAACGGACCAUCUCAGCAAUAUCCUUGACUGCAUGUUCGGUGUAAGCAGUGCGGCAAAAUCCGGAUCCAGCACCAAAUUGCACUUCCUCCCCGGUGACCGGAGCCCUCUGAGCGACCUAAGUCCACGCGUCCCAACAUCUAAUGCUCCGGCCACUGCACCCCCUCGUACCCCUCUAGUGAGAGCAAAAACGGCUAUAAGUGCUGAGAAUACCCAUGCUUCAACACCCACUGUAAGAGGGCCAGAUCCUGAAACGCGCGAUGCCAUCUUAGUUACUCGUAUGUUUCCCGUUGCACUACCUGAGGCCCAGGACGACUUAAGGCACCACCGGGCGUCCUCUGCUGGACAAAGCAAUUCAGUCAGUCCGAUGUCCAAUAAGAAGGAUGAGCAAUCCGACUCCCCGAUACAGGCUAAGAAGCCCAAGCUGGUGGAGAAGAAGACUCCCGUAUUUGCAAUGGGUCUGCUUUUCUAUCUGCCUCGCCCUGGGGACGUGCGCCCUAGUACUUCUUCGGCACGCCCUACUUCAAGAGCCUCAUUUACUGCGUCAUCGACUCCUAACUCUCAAGCGUCAGGGUCUUUCUCGUCCUGGACAUUCAUGAAUGCUAUUCCGGAGCAUUUGUGGACGGAUGAGGGAUCGAGCUACCUGACCGACAAAGGGAUUGAAAUCGUGGUCCGCAAUUGGGAUGUCAUACUAAGGAGCCUCGCUGUAAUCGAGGCACUGGCGCACAACAAGAUCAGUGGGCUUCUCCAGGAGGUCGACUUUGCCUUGACAAGCUCUGCUGCCAAAGCGCCAAAGGGCCCCUAUGAACAACGCACAAACCAGCGCAACAUCUAUCUUCGGUCGCCAAACAGAUUGAGCCAGUUUACAGAUCUUCAACGCGCUGCCAAGCACACCUUGUGGCGAAUCUCCUAUGCCUUGCGCAUUCCACGUGUGCUCACCGGUUUGGGCCUAGAUAACGGUGGCCAUUGGCUGGAUGAAGCUCGCUAUCUCGUACGCCUCUGUGGGACCAGACAGCAGAAUUUCUUCCUCUUCAACCUUUUGACGGCCUUUCUGGGCAGCCACACAGAUUGGCUGGAGAGGUUAAGCCCUGACUCGUAUCGCAAACAGUUUCGCGCGCUGCACAGGGGAAAAGCUGCACACAGCAAUCUUGCAUCUCGGACUGUCAUCAUCUGCGAUAACCGGUCUACGGCGCGUCGUAUAAUCUUUUUACUUGCAUCAUUUCUGCCACGCAAUGCGCUCGCCAAGCAAGGUAGCGACUUCUUCUCGCCGCUCCUGACUCCCGACAUCAGCUCUUCUUCACCAGCAAAUAGAGGGCUCCAUGAAGGUUCGUUGCGUCGCCAUGCUCACAACAAGUCCCGCGAUGGGCCUGUCUCGUUCCCCCGUCGUGAUAUCUCCGGGCUUUCCACCAGUGAGUCAUCCGCUGAAAGUGUUAGCGCCAUCUCUCGAGCAAUUCGCAGUAACACCCGGCUGCCCGUCUCGCGUACUGAAAUCGAGCCCGGCUCCAGCAGGCAGACCUCUGUUUUCGCAUCGACAGAUGGGCAGGGCCAAGUUCACAAGACAAAUGCUACCAGUUCCACAGCGACUCCUGGGUUGGGCACUCCAGUCCCCCACUUUGCGACAAAGACCGACAGUUACUUCCCCGAGACCGCUGUUGUCGAUGGCGAUAUAACUGUUGCGGAGGCGGAUCUAGCGAGAAUACUCCGACGAGAUAGCACUACUCACGCGCGCUCCAGACCGCCGAGCAUCAAUUGGGGAUCUUUGGUCAGCAAUGUCUCUGGGUUUUGGAACACAAGACAAGAUUCUACAGGUUCGUCAAAUGAGAUUUCCACCACAGCAGCCACGGGGAGUUUGAGCGACCGCCGCAGGCUCGCCCCGAGAUCAGUACCAAUUCAGGGCAGACUGCCCAGCCAAUUGGAAGCCAUGGUUGCCGAAGCCGCUCAUCCGCGACAAGAGGCCCCAACAGAUCAUGGAAUGGGGCAUACAGCGAAUCGUCAUCCGUCCAUCGAUCCGAGUGAGGUACGCCCUCCACAAUUGACGGUCGACGCCAAAGAUGGUGUCAUUGACGUGGACCUGAACCUUCCAGGGUUUAUCAGCUGGAAUGAAAGGAAGUCCCCUUCAUCGUCACUACUGCAUCAUUCUCCCUCUUUCGCCAGCACGGACGAAGGUGGGUCGUCGUACAGCUCCCACUCGUUCGGCGUCGAUGCGGCGGGCUCCAAUCCUACCAAGGUUGCAGGCUAUCUAAAGCGGUACCACGAGGACUUCGUUCUCCAAGGAGUCAAAGCUUAUCCCGAGCUACAAAUCGAAGUGGAGCAGAGCAUGUCGAGGGAAGAAGGCCCUAUGGGUGCGUGCUGUAUACCACCAUCAGGACAACGUACCAAGGAACGAUGGUCUCAUGUUUGCACCACUCUACUCGCCGAUUUCCGGACUUUCUCCAUUCAACGCCUGACAUUGAAACGGAUGAUGCAUCAAGAUGUGACCGGCGAACCGGCAACCGCCGGGGCUGAUCCAAACUCAGAGGGGAUCUCUGGCUCCGCAGCUUCGUCAAGACGACCGGCACGCGCCAAAGUUACGACUGUUGAGCGAUUUGAACAUGAGAAGGUCUUGGACUUUGACACGACUCUCACAGACGCCAUUGAACGUGUCCUGAACGAGACCGAGGCGGCGAGGCAAAAGUCGGUUGCGACAUCUCGAUCCCAUUCGCGUACUGCGUCUGCUGCUACGACGACUUCUGCCAGAUCCAUGCCACUGGCUAUUUCUGGUUCCGGGAAAAACAGGGCUUGGCAUCCUGCGUCUACAACGGCCCAGUCAGGCUGCCGCCAGGCCGUGGUCGGAGCGUUGGAGGAAGUGGUAAGAAGUGUAAAUGAUGAUUUGGCCAGACAUCAGCGCCGACAUGGCGCCGAUGGCCGGGUCAUCAUCGAUGGGGAUGCGGUAAAUCAAGAAAUGAAGCAGGACAAUGUCUUGCGCGAAGGAGUGAAGAAGUGGCUCCUCAAUGUCGAUACGAGGAGCGUAUGGUAA